AUGGAGACGGCGAUAACUUUGGACAAUGCGAUUCAAGCCAACUUCUCCCCGCUAAUGUGGACUAGAGAUGCAUUAAGUAAUGUAAGCGAAGUUCUUGAAGCCCCGUUUUACCGAAGACGGACCAGGAUCAUCUCCGUAACCGUCAUUUUCACCCUGGCUUUCAUGGGGAACCUGGCAGUGGUAUAUAAAAUCUGCGGCAGCAGAAGGAAGACGCGGAAAAUUGAUUUCCUCGUCGCUAACCUGGCGGCUGCGGACCUCUGUGUAUCUAUCAUGACUUUGCUCUCUCAGGUCGUUUGGGAGAUGUUGGAAGAUGCCUGGCUAGUUGGUGAUCUCGCGUGCAGAUUUUCCAAAGUCUUCCAGGUCUUUGGACUGAUUGCUUCUUCGAAUAUUAUAGCGACGAUCGCUUCGGAAAGGCACCACGCCACAGUCAACCCAAGGGACAGCCCUUUCCCCACUAACAUCUUAACGAUUAUGUCGUGGAUCUGCGCUCUCAUAUUCGCAGCUCCCCAGACGUUCAUCUUCACACUGACCACGCAGGAAGGAAACGGGAAAUGCCUCAAUACCUUUAGUCAGAUGCCAAAAUGGCACUUCCAAAUGUUUACAAUAUUUGGAGCUAUUACGGUCUUUUUUACUCCCUUUUGCAUUUUGUGCGUGGCCUUCAUAAGAAUUCUGUGGACCGUUUGGAAGAGAGCAUCGUUCAUCGAAAACUGCGCAAUGGAAGCACAGCGCAAUGGAUUCAUUCCAACCAUCGCUCCCAGAAGCUCAAUCCCAAGAGCCAAGAUAAAGACUUUGAAGAUGACUUUAGUAAUUAUUAUAUCCUUUAUAAUUUGUAGGUUGCCUUAUUUUAUUUUAGAGAUGAAAGUUGCCUUUGGGACAAUAACAGAGGCGGACACUGACUUAAUCACGGUCCUUGGAAUCUUGGUGGUUUCCGAUAGCGCAGUCAACCCAUAUGUCUAUCUGUUCUUCAGGACCGACAACGUCCACUUAAGGCGACUGGAGAAGAGAGUGUGUUUCUCGUGCCUGAAAGGCUGUAGAGAGGAAACAUUCCACAGGGAAUUGUGCGCAGUUGGGAAACGGCUGGAGGACACCAGCAUCAUCUCUCUCGAGGAUGACACGGUUCACCAUUCAGCUUCUGUGGACAACGGCUCGUCUCCCGUCUCCAGCCUGUGA